AUCACAAAAAAAACAGAUUCAAAAGUCGUGUUGAAAUUUUGGUGUUGAUCAUUCUAAGGAGUUUCUGAGUUUCCCCUUAAUAACUCGACGGGAAAUGCCGGUAGAUAACUUGGAAGCAAUCACAAGGCACAUAUAACAGCAGGAGAAGUUGUAUUAGAUCUGUGACUGCGAAGGAGAAGAGAAAUAAGACGGAAUGGCUGCAGUUAAGUGUGGCCUAAGACGAGUGAGGCCCGUGAUGGCGACUCGUCAACUUCGGAUUUACUUUUUCCUGCCUUCCUCGUCCUCCUCCACCCCCUUCCAGUAUUUCCUUCAUCCUAAAUCUUCUUUCCACUCUUUAUCUUCUUCCUCCUAUAUGUGUCUUCAGCCUAAGCCUUCCUCCCUCUCCUCGUCCUCGUCCUCUCACUCCUUCCUAUCUUCUUCCUCCUCGUCCUCCUCCUUCUCCCACUGUUUCCUGCAUCCGAAGUCUUCCUUUCAUUCAGUAUCCUCCAUUCAUCCUUCAUCCAUCCACCCACCUUUCCUCCACUCCCAAACACGCCUUCUGACAUUACAUUCAUCUCAUCAUUCAUGUCCACUCAGUGUAUCACCUCAUCUCUCUCCUUUAGCAACCCUGCCGCCCCUCUCCUCUCCCUCUACCUCCCUCCACCCAGCCCGCUUCAGCACCUCUCCACUCAGCCACAAGACCCGCACUAAGGUGGAAGGAGUUACGCCUGAGGGGAAGAAGCAUCGGCCGGAUAAAGCUGAAUUAGUCACACUUAUUGAUACUGAAGACAAGGUAUCAGUAGUCAGCCUGGAGAAUGCGGAGAGACUGGCCAAGCGACGGGACCUGAAGCUGGUGAAGGUGGAGGACGUGAACCUGAAGGGCGGCAGGAAGGCAUACAAACUGAUGACCGGCAAGCAAUACCUUGAGAAGGAGAUCAAGGCAAAGAAGAGUGAAAAGAAGACAAGUGUGGGUGGAAAGGUAUGGCAGAGAAGGCUCACAGAAGGGAUGAGAAGAUCUUGGUCAUUGGGGGCAAGAUCACACCUCAUGACCUGGGAGUGAAGCUUCACAGCCUCACCAAGUGGCUGAGCAAAGGCCAUCAGAUCAAAGUCACCAUCACCUCCAGGAAGGCCACCAAGGAGGAUGUGGAAAACGUCUUCUCCACAAUUGAGGAGGAAGUCAAGAAGGUGAAGGCUCGGGUAAUGCAGCGACAUGAGAAGGUGGACGACAUAAGGUUCUACAUCGUUCCCCCCAAAGAUGAGAGUGCAGUCAGCAGUGAGGCAAGCACAGAUGACCACAUACACAGUGAGGGUUCCGAUAAGUCCCCCGGUCAUGCCAAGGGAGGAGUGCAGUAAAAUAACACUGUCCUAUAUUGAAAACCUGUUGUGUAGGUUUCAAGCACAGAGCCAAUAUCAUGUGGUACUAAGGCUGUUAUACUUUAGUGAAGUUUAUUUUAGUGGAUUACUUGAAGCUUGGAUGAAAAGGAUGCAGUAUUGGGUAUGGAGAUGGAAGCACUGGCAAAGAGUUGUAUUCUGGUUAAUGCUCUGCUGGGUUUUAUUGUGCUAAUGUAAAUUUUUCAGUGCUGUGUAAGGUUAAAAUACAUUAAGUAUUGUUUUUCAAA